UGUAAGGACCUGCCUUUCCUGAAGACUGUUCGGACUGAAUCCCAGAAUUGCACGGGAUAACAACCAGCAACACACAUUUCAGCCAGACGCCAUUUUUAUCAGACUGUAUUUGGGCAGCAGAGAACUUUUUUCCUUGCUGGCUUUUGCAGAAAUUAGUGAGUAAACAUAUAGUUGCUGUGCAGGAUGUUUCUGAAACUCUUAGCAAUGCUCUUCUUGUCUUUGGGUGCAGCUCAAAUAUCUACUCAGGAUGUAUUUAUGAUGGAAUACUUUCAGAGGAGAAUCCUGGAGAUGGAGGAACGUCUUAUAAGAUGUGAUCAAGACGUCCAAAGUGUCAAGCAGAAGAUGUACGACAUGUCCACAGAAAUGCGUGGUCAGGAUCGCAGUGUGAAUGUGCUAAAGUCAGAGAUUCAAGGCUACGUGGACACCCUGGCUACAAGGGUGGACCGAGUGGAAAGAGAUGUUGAGUACCUGUACAAUAAACUUCCUGACACAUCGAAUGUAGAGAUCUUGGACUCUCUGCUGGAUCAACAAGUGAAAGAAGCCCAAAGCAAAAGGAAAGCUGUAAUCAUACAGGGAAAAGCAUGUAGCACCAGAUUCUCUGGCAUCAAAUCACAGAAAAUCCUCAAGAAGGCAGGAGAUGUAGUUGGCUCAUGGCUAAAAGACCCAACCACAGGCUCUUCAAAGAUCUACUUCUUUAGCGGCUCCAGGAACAACACACUGCUUCAAUUUGGUUCACUGAAGAUCUUCACAGACUCCACUUCAACCAGCAAGCUCAAGGUCAUCCAUCUUCCUCGGCCUUGGCAGGGAACAGGCCAUGCUGUCUAUGAUGGUUUUGUCUACUAUCACAAUGCUGACACUCGAAACGAAGUGCUGAAGGUUAGCCUGGUCAACCGCACUGUGGCUGACCGCAUGCUUCUGCCUGCCGCUGGGCGUAUACCCACCUAUGAGCUCUCCCCACAUACUUUCCUGGAUUUCGCAGUGGAUGAGCUGGGAUUAUGGGUCAUCCAUGCAGAUCCAGACUUCGGAGGGAAUCUUGUUAUCACCAAACUGGACUCGCAAAGUUUGUCGGUGGAGCACACAUGGGAUACGACCUGCAAGAGCCACAAUGCAGAAGGUGCCUUCAUAGUCUGUGGCACCAUGUACGUCAUCUACAACACACACUCGGGAGGGCGCUCCAGCAUCCAGUGCGUGUUUGAUAUCCACGACACCAUCUGGACCGAGGAAUUGCCUGUGAUGUACUUCCCAAAGCGCUACUCCAGCCACUCAAGCGUACACUAUCACCCACAAGACAAGCAGAUCUACGCCUGGGAUGAUGGCUACCAAACCAUCUACCAGUUGGAUCUGAAGAAGAAGUUAAAGGCCACCUAAAUUAUAAUGAUACUACUUAACUCUACCUAGUCAAUAUGUCUCAAUGUAAUGAUCACAUGCUCAGAAAAAUUAUAUUGUAGUAAACGUGGGUGGUACCAUUAAGGAGACAUCAUAGAUACCUUUAGUGUGUACCUUUAGUGUGUACCUUUACCUUGGAAAGUGAAUGUUGUGGCCCAUUAAAACUUGUUUAAAGUACAGAAUAUUACAUUAAUGGCCACAAUUGUUGAAAUUAGUUCUAAAGAUGCACUACAUUCACCUUCCACUCCCUUCCUUUCCCCUUUCUCUGAAAUAUACAUAAUAAAGAUACAAUAGAUGCACCCUUGAAAAUUAAAUCCCGAAGACAACCAAUGGUUCAAUUCAGUACCUUGUUUUGUAAGACUACAGGAACUCAUAGAAGGUCUAUAUUUAUGCUUUCUCACACUUUUCCAACACCAAUCCACCAGUCCAAGGCACUAGCAUGUAAUGAGCUAGGAAAGAGUGAAAAAUGUGAAGUUUCUGAUACUCCCUAAAGACUGGAUUUGGAAACAAAGUCUAAGUGAUAAGUCUAUUUUCGUCACGCAUAGCCACAAUUCCAAACCUGAGUUCUGGGCCCACCAGACUGUAUGAUGUACCAUUCCUGCAAAUCUAAAUGUAAAUUAUAAAGGCAAUAUCAGAUGUGUCAAGUGUUCUCUGAAUGGAGGUGAAUUACAAUGGGCUAGAUCAGAGGUGUCUAAUCCUAUCUGCAAAGGGUCAAUGUUUCUCAGGGUUUUCAUUCUAACCAAGCAGGAUUACACUGAAUACAGCUCAUCAGGCAUCUGAACACUAAGACUGAUUGAUUGAAUCAGCGCAAUCUCGUGUGCUCCUGCUUGAUUGGACUGAAGACCUAUAGGUUGGAUUGUAACUCUUGAGUUGUAUCACUGUUGAAGAUCUACCUACAUUUAAGAGUUCUUUGUUUGUCUGGGGAAUGCCUUAAAGGUUCUAAGUAGUGUCCAAUUAGAACAUGUACCAUAGCAUUUAGCACCAUAGCGUGAAGCAUGGCCAAACACUUGGCUAACCCAAGUCGCCAAUCACAUAGAAUGAUGAACUGAAAAACUUUGUAACUCUUUGCCAUAGGGCAGUUUGAACUGAAUAAUAAUCAAAGUCCCACUUCAGCAUCACGGGGGGAGUUCAACAUCACUGAACCAGCAGGAAUGGCUGAAGUGCCCUUGGGCAAGGCACCUAACCCCCAACUGCUCCCCAGGCUGCAAUGGGUAUAUUGUAUGUUGCUCUGGAUAAGAGCAUCUGCUGUAUACCUGUAUAUCAUUAGCUAACGUCAGAUAAUAACAAACAGAAUGUUAUGCCUCCAAAUAAUGAAUAUUGGGCAGCACGGUGGUGUAGUGGUUAGCAAGCACUUUUGCCUCACAGCAAGAAGGUUCUGGGUUUGAGCCCAGUGGCUAACAGGGGCCCAUCUGUGUGGAGUUUGAAUGUUCUCCCCGUGUUUGCGUGAGUUUCCUCUGAGUGCUCCGGUUUCCCCACAGUCCAAAGACAUGCAGAUUAGGUUAAUUGAUGGUUCUAAAUUGACUGUAGGUGUGAAUGUAAGUGUGAAUGGUUGUUUGUCUUUAUGUAUCAGCCCUGCGAUGAUCUGGCAACUUGUCCAGGGUGUACCUCACCUCUCACCCAUAGUCAGCUGGGAUAGGCUUCAGCUUUCCCGCGACCCUGCGCAGGAUAAGUGGUUACAGAUAAUUGAUGGAUAAUGAAUAUUGUUGGUGUAUAAUAGUUUCAUCAAUGAUUGGUCAUCUGUUUCUUUGUUGUGGUCAGUGAAGCAAAUUAUUCCCUUGUGCCACAACAAAGAAACAGAUGACCAAUCAUUGGUGAAACUAUUGUACACUAACAAUAUUCAUUAUUUGAAGGCAUAGCAUUCAGUUUGUUAUUAUCUAAUGAUAUACUGCAGACGAUCUUAUCCAGAGUGACAUACAACAUAACCAGUGCAGCCUGGGGAGCAGUUAAGGGUUAGGUGCCUUGGUCAAGGGCACUUCAGCCAUUCCUGCUGGUCCAGGGAAUCAAACCAGUGACCAUUUGGUCCCAAAGCUGCUUCUCUAACCAUUAGGCCAUGGCUUUUAUUAUAUUAAGUUCAUUAUGUUAACAUAUUUAAUAAAGUGUAGCUUUAUUUUUUUAAGCUGUGACGUUUUUGUAGCUUGGUAGAAAACAAAUUAACAUUGCUUAGUAUUUUGCGCCACCCUAGAUUGCCACCCCAAUAAUUUCAUUGGGUCUAACCUGGCCACGCUAUUAUAAAAGGCCCCUACAUGCCAGCCAAAUCCUGAUACUCUGCUACUAAUGGUCACCUGGCCCCUCCACCUCUCUGCUCUUACCCAGCCCACUCAAGACUACUAUCUGUCCUGGCUCCCUGUUGGUGGAAUGACCUUCCCUUUGAGGUCAGAACUGCCGACUCCCUUUCCACCUUCAAGUGCAAACUGAAGCCUCACCUCUUCAGGCUGCACCUCUCCCCUUCUUCCCUAGUGCCUACUGUGUAAUUGUGUAUCAGUCCUGCCCAACCCAGGCUGUGUAUUGUGUAGCCUGGGGUUAGCUGUUUUGAGUUCUCUAUUUAGUUGUACAGUACUUUGUAUGGUUGGUUUGUUUCCUUGGCUGUUUGAGUAUCGGUAUUCCAGCAGCAUAUAUAUUAGGUAUUGCUGUCACUUGUUCAGUUGGCACUAGAACUUUCUUGUCUAGAAGUUCACCACUUCAUGUACCUGACUCUUGCACUCAUUGAAUUUCGCUCUGGAUAAGAGUGUCUGCUAAAUGCCACGUAAUGUAAAAGAUGUAACUACAUCCCUGAAGUAGAGCUCAUUUUUGGAAGCUAAGCCCUUAAAUGUCUACUGAACACUUAAACAACAUUCAAAGAACCACUUUUUUUUUUCUGAGAGCAUGCCAAUAGAGUUUCAUUAAAGGUUCUAACAGUAUUGUGCAACAUCCACGGUAUGAUAACUGUUGUCUCCCAUUUAUAUUAGCAGGUUUUUCUCUGUAUUUCUUUGAACUUGUUCCUUGUUUUUGCUUCUCAUUUGGAAGACACUUUUAUCCAACGUGUUUAUCCAUAAAACACAGAAUACAAUUUGAUCUGAGCAGAUGAGGCUUAAGAGCCGUGCUCAAUGCCCAGACAAGGACUUUGUGACAGGUUUGAGAUGUAAGCUUAUAAUCCUUCCAGCACUAUUGUAGACCUUUAACUGCUAAGCAAUCACCGCCUCCAUAUACGCCAAGUAGCACCGUAUUUAAGCUUUAUUGCAUGAGCUACUUUGUGAUUAUACUGAACAUCAGCAUGGCUAUGAUUUGACCAUAGGCACAAGGUUGCAGGUGAUCACAGAUGUGCCAAUAUUCAGUAUAACAGCAUGACUGCACGUGCGGCAUUGCUUUUACAGAACAGUUGAUAAACUAGAAGGGCACUUGGUAGAGUGCAUACCUCGGCCAUGCCACAUAUUAUCAACAUCAAAAUCAAAUCACUUGAACCAAGGAUAAUACUAAAGCUGUCCACCAAAUUUCAUCCAAAUCUGUUCACUACUUUUUGAGUUACGUUGAGAACAGGCAAAGAAAUCCUCGAUCCCCAUACAUAUCUGGAUCCUGGAUCUACAUGUGUCCGGAUUUGCAUCAAAAUCUAAUCAAUUAUUCCUUGGCCCAUGGCUCACCUUUCCUACAAAUUUCAUCAAAAUCUGUUCACUACUUUUUCAGUUACAUUGGGAACAAUUAAAAAAACAUCCUCAAUCUGCAUACAUAUCUGGAUCCUGGCUCUACAUACAAGUCUGGAUUUGCAUCAAAAUCAAAUCAAUUAUUCCGUGGCCCAUGGUCCACCUUUCCUUAAAAUGUCAUCAAAAUCUGUUCACUACUUUUUGAGUGAUGCUGUGUUCCCAACAUAACUCAAAAAGAAGUGAACAGAUUUUGAUAACCUCCUCCAAGAAAGCUGAUGGAAGUAAUAAGAAAUUAAUAAUAUUCGAACACAAUAUGGCCACAGUAUGCUCUGUGAAUGAAAAUAAAUCCCAAAGAACCCACACUCACCGAUAGCCCAUCGGCUAGCUGGCUAGCUAGUUCACAAUGAUUUGUACAUUCCCAUUAAAGUUGCAUCCCCCGAAACUGGCUUCCCUUCUUCCUUUUCAUUUUUAUGUGACAAGCUUUCAUAUUUUAAGUCAGAAGUUAUAUUCAUGUAUAGUUUGCACGGCAUGGUGAUGUAGUGGUUAGCGCUGUCGCCUCACAGCAAAAAGAUUCUGGGUUCAAGCCCAGUGGCCCAACGGAGGCCUUUCUGUGUGGAGUUUGCAUGUUCUCCCUGUGUCUGCGUGGGUUUCCUCCGGGUGCUCCGGUUUCCCCCACAGUCCAAAGACAUGCAGGUUAGGUUAAUUGGUGGCUCUAAAUUGACCGUAGGUGUGAGUGUGAAUGGUUGUUUGUCUCUAUGUGUCAGCCCUGCGAUGACCUAGCGACUUGCCAGGGUUUCCCUGCCUCUUGCCCAUAGUCAGCUGUAAUAGGCUCCAGCUUGCCUGCAACCCUGUACAUGAUAAGCGGUUAUGGAUAAUGGAUGGACGGAUGCAUAGUUUGCUAUAUCUAUUAAGGAUUUUGCUAACUGUAUUGUAGUAAUUGUUUCAGUAAGACUGUUGCUAGAAUUUGACUUUUUUCAUGGUGAACACGCACAGGUAAAGUGAUACAAAUGGUCAAACAUCCUAGUGCAGUUAUACUAAAUAUAAGCACCCUUGGAACGCUGCUCAUCCAGUCAAAUUAGUGGACUGGAAAGAAUUGUUGUAUAAAUAGAGUUGAAUGUAUUUGCUACACAUGGAACUAAUACCUAAUGUCUACUGAAGAAACUGAUUUGCUGAAUCAGGUGAAGAAGAUUAGGUCAGAUGAAAGAUCAGAAGAGUAGAUCCACAUGGGUAGAGUUUGUGACCAGUGGACUCAGUAAAUGGCUGAUGAAGUUGCAUUAGGUGUGUUAUGUUACAGGCAUUUAUCAGAUGCUCUUAUCCAGAGUGACAUACAGCAUACCCAGAGCAGCCUGGGGUGCAGUUGGGGUUAGGUGCCUUGCUCAAGGGCAUUUCAGCCAUUCCUGCUGUUCCAGGGAAUCAAACCGGCAACCUUUAGGCCAUGGCUUCUCCAGGUCAACACAAAGAAAAACCAGUUUGUCCCCCAAGACUGGAUAUCAAUACAGGGAGACUAUACUCUAUCUGCAUUUUAACCUAUUUAUAUGCUUCACCCAGCCAUUAUAUAGAUAUUGUACCGCCCUCUCCUGGUUAGUCCUAGACAUUACAAAAAUGGGGGGAUCCAUACAUUAAAGCAACUUUACCUAUGUUAUUGCAGCCAUAUCAUUUGUAUCACUUCAUAUACACAUGAUAGUGUGGUGACAUUGAGACAUUAGAUCAUAUAAUAUGAAUAAACAGCAUUUUGAAAAAUA